UGUCUUUAUACCCAUGACUCCGGGUCACCGAUGAGCCCGUUCUCAAAAACCGAAACUUUCAAAAAGGAUGAGGAUGUGUUUUGCCCCUCGGACUUCAAGCUACCGUCAAUUCGACAUGUCACCAUGACUGCAAUUUAGCAACUAGGCCUGUCUAACAAAUCUCCACGGAGCCUGGGGCGAGCGCCUAUACGGAGGUAGCUGUCGGCGAUUGCAGGGAAUCGAAAAUCCUUCAAAAGAGAACCGCAUGGGGAAGCAUAUGCGCAAGAAGCCGUCGACCUUGGUUCUCGGGUCGCUGCGUUGGGAUAGCGGGCGCAGGUAGCCGCGGACUGCGGAAUUUCUGGAGGCGAACGGGCGGCGGGACAAUCUCACCACGGAAAUGGCCGACGACCUCGACGAUCCGCGGGACGCCGAGCUCAUCACUCUCGCUGCUAUCUAUCCCGAGAUACAGCAGAUGCAUCCAGACGAUCCCUAUGGCAUCGCUCUCGAGGUCCCGGUCAAUCCGUCGAAGCCCGUGAACGUUUUCUUUCGCGCGAGCGCCGACGACGAUGCGCUAUCACAAGCCCCCAACGGGGCGCCGAGUGAUGCCGCUGCCGGAUCGAACCAGCAAGGCGCCGUCGCCGUCGAUUCCCACGAGCUUGCGUACCUGCCCCCGGUGCGCUUGGAGAUCACGCUAGGGCCCAACUACCCUGCCGAGCAACCACCGCAGGUCAGGGUCUCGACCAGCCCGUCAUGGAUCCCAGUCGAGACGAUCAAGCGGUUGGAGGAUGAUGCGUCGCGCCUCUGGGAGGAGCUGGGCCGGGGCAUCGUUGGUUUCACAUACAUCGACCAUGUGCAGCAGGCCGCCGCCGACGCGUUUGGGCUCGUGGACGGACGGGGCUCCCUCGAGCUGGAUUCGAGAUACCGGACAGCUAUCCUGGGCCAUGAUAUCAGCGCGAGAAAGGCGGCAUUCGAUAACGAGACUUUCGGAUGCGGGGUGUGUCUCGAACCCAAGAAGGGCUCUGUCUGCCAUCGAAUGUUGGAUUGCGGCCACGUCUUCUGUGUCGACUGCCUACAGGGCUUCUACAAUGCCGCCAUCAGAGAAGGGGACAUCGCGGCAGUGAUCUGUCUGGAACCCAACUGCGCAAAGGACCGCGCGAAGGCCGCCUCGCCUGGCAGCAAGCGCAAGAGAGUCAGGACCUUCAUCCACCCCAGCGAACUGUUGCAGAUUCCCCUGGACCAGGACGUGGUCAAACGCUAUCUGAUGCUCAAGUACAAGAUCGAGCUCGAGUCUGACAGGAGCACUGUCUACUGCCCACGAAAGUGGUGCAACGGCGCCGCGAGGUCCAAGAAGCACAAGAAACCCCAGGGCCUAGAGCUGCCCGAAGCGUCCGACAAGUCGGCCAGCGAGGGCGAAGAGGAAGACGACAAGGAUUCCCCCGAGGGCGAGGACAAGCCAAAGACGCGCGAGCGCCUUGCUAUUUGCGAGGAAUGCAGCUUUGCCUUCUGUGCCCGCUGCCUCCAGUCGUGGCACGGAGAGUUGAACUUCUGCCCCGGCAGCCGCGAGGAGCGCCUCGCGGCCGCGGAGCUGGCCUCGCUGGAAUACAUCAGGCUACACACGACGCCGUGCCCCAAGUGCGGAGUGCCGGCGCAGAAGAUCCAGGGCUGUAAUCAUAUGCUCUGCAGCCGCUGUGGAACACACUUCUGUUACCUCUGCUCUACCCGGCUCGACCCCGCCAACCCGUACCGGCACUUCAACACGCCGCCAACCGCAGCGAGGUCCGAGCCCUGCUAUAUGCGUCUGUGGGAGCUAGGGGAGGGAGAUGGUGCUGAUGUUCCGGGAUUUGAGCGUGUUGCUUGGGGGCCCGCCCACCCAGCUCGAGGAGCCCCUGCGAUGGCUCACGCCCGGGAGGUCAUCCCCGAGAGAGGACGGCCCAGGGAAGAAGCGCACGCUGACAGGAAUGGGGCCGCCGCGGCGCCAGCUCAAGGAGGUCACGCCAACGGCGGGGGGGAGGUCGUCGGGAUCGCGCGGGAGGGUCCUCUUGUCCUUCGGAUAGCUGCCGACCCACCGGCGGUCCCUGGACGCGGCGGACCGGAUGGGAGACAGCCGGCACCGGCAGCGGCGGCAGCAGGAAGAGGAGCCCAGAGAGGAGCAGCCUUGAGAGAGCCAGGAGCUGCACGGAACCAGCCCGCAGCACGAGGUGGGGGACGACUCCGACAACAACAACAACAGCAACACCAACACCAACAAGCCGCUCGGGGUGCAGGCGCAGAUGCAGGUGGGGCCGCGGCAGCACGAAGGGGCCGACGACGAGGCGGUGGCGCCGCCGCCGCAGCUCCUGGGCAUCGGCAACAUAACAAUAUUAGGGCGGACCGGGGCGCGCGUGGGCAGCGUCGCAACCACGAUCUCGCGGAUGCGUGGGACAUGGGAUGGGACGGCGAGCUAGCCCCGGCUCACGAGGAGUGGGUGAGGCAGUUUGUGCUGCUUGCUCUGAAUGACGAGGAACAUCUCCUCUUUGGGGAGGACGAGGACUGAGGACUGAGCGGGUUUCUGUGAUUUCAGAUCCUUCUGUCACUUGUAUGAACUGACUUCUUCUUUAGCGCCGCUAGACAGCAAACGGUUGUACAUACAUACAUACACUCUGAUACGCAAUGAAUUUGAAUGAGGUCGAGGGGCGGAGAUUUCAGCUACCCCAGCUAUCGGAUAAUUCGUUCAAGGCACAUCGG